UGGGCCCCUGUACCGCCUCCUCAUGCUGCUGCAAGGCCCCUAAUCUGCCAUGGGCCCCUGUACCGCCUCCUCACGCUGCUGCCAGGCCCCUAAUCUGCCAUGGGCCCCUGUACCGCCUCCUCACGCUGCUGCCAGGUCCACAGUGUCUGCCAUGGGUCCCUGUACAGGCCUCCCAUUGCUGCUGUCUCCAACGCCACACUCUGAGCCAUGUGCCACUAUCAGGUCUCCUCACACUGCUGGUGGGUUCCAUUUUUGUCAUAGGAUGCUGGCAGAUUACGGGCCUCCUCCAUUGCUGCUGCCAGGCCCCUAAUCUGCCAUGGGCCCCUGUACCGCCUCCUCAUUGCUGCCAGGUUCACAGAGUGUCUCUGUCCCUGUACCGCCACAUUGCUGUGAUCUCAUGCCACUCUGCAUGUGCCACUUUCAGGUCUCCUCAC